GUAUCUCUCACCGUGCUUGCGGGCGACUUCAACUACGUGCCGACCGGCUUGGACCAUUACUGCAGCACCGCAGGCUCAUGUACUGGCGCUGGAGAUCUACCCGACGAGGAAGCCUUCCAGUCGCUUCUGGGCAGGCCGUUCGGCCUGGUAGAGUGGGUGCAGGGGCAUUUUACGCAUUCCGACGCGGGCGCGCAGUCUCAGUUGUACAAGAGCUUCGGCAGUGCCGCCCUGAACUACGACAAGACGACAUCUUCACAUCGUCCUCUUUCUUUCCGCCGUCUUCAAGGCUCCAAACCGGAGUCUUGGACGUCUCCGUUACCCAUGGGGCCACUGCUCCAGAAGGAGGCCUGGAAGGAGCGGCUCGAUCUUAGCUUCAUGGGUAAGAUCUCCCACGGCCCGCUACGUGGUCUGGCGGUCCGACGUCUUCUCCUACUGAAGGAAGCCAUCCGGGAGAUCACCAUCAGGAUGGCCGACGAGCAGCAAAUCGAUGUUGCCCAUUCCGCGGAGGACCAGGUCGGCUGGGGGAUGACAUUCAUCCGCGCGGCGGAGAAGGUCCAGGACCGCGAGUCGGUUGCGCAGGAGCUGCUGGCUCUACAACAGGAGACCCGCACUGCGGACGACCAGGUGCGCGGGCGCCGCAAGGGGCAGAUUCUGACGAGGCUGAAGGGGCUCAUGCCUGGGGGCGCUACGGCUAUUAACGCAGUGUGCAAACCGAACGGCGUCAUCACCACAGACCCCGCGGAGAUGGCAGACAUCCUCCGGACACAUUGGAAGGGCGUCUCCAGCAAGAAG